AUGAAGCUCAUAGCUACUUCUCAACAUUUUUGCAACUCACUUCAGACUUUGAGCAAAUUUGUCAUUGUUCGUGGUAGUGAAGGAUUGGGUUACGUGACAAAUGCUGAUGAGGCCCGGAUGGCAGAGUUGAGUGAAAAGAAAUAUAUUUCGGACUUGCACAUCGACUUCAACUCUAAGGCUCAAACAGGCAACCAAGACGAAGUGAUUGAAGCUCUUCAGUUGCACCCUGGGAUGCAAUCUUUAGUUAUAAGUUCAUAUGGAGGCACUCGAUUCCCCAAUUGGAUGGUAAGUUUGACCAACCUGAAAGAUCUGUCACUUCAAGAGUGCCAACAUUGCACAAUUUUGCCUCCUUUUGGAAGGCUUCCGUCCCUGGCAACUCUCCACAUAGAUGGUCUGCAUAAUCUGAAAUCUCUUGGACUCGAAUUUUUGGGUGCAACAGACAAUGUGAAUGAUCAAAUCACAACAGAUAGCAAAGACAGAUCACUGGCAUUAUCAUCAGCUGAAAAUAUUGCAUUCCCAAAGUCGAAGAAACUGAAAUUUUCAAACAUGGAAAGUUGGGAAGAAUGGAACAUGAUCAGAGCUGCAGAUGAACACAUCAAGAUCAUGACUAGACUCUGCUUUUUGAAACUUUACAACUGCAGCAAUCUGAAGGCACUGCCGCAUCCUCUCUUCAAGGCGGCACCAAUAAGGAAGUUGCGUAUCCAGAAUUGUCCUCUCAUACAGCAGAAAUACAAGAAGGAAACUGGAGAUCAAUAUUGA